UCCUGACAGUCAGCGCUAUCUCAGCAGCUGUAGUUCGGUUCCUGGACACCUCACCUCCUUCACGGAGUGUUUUCACGCCGAUGUUCCCGGUAGUUCCUCCGCAGGCUCCUCUAACCUCAGCUCCGGCCUAACAUCCGUCUGUAGACCCGCAGCCUCUCACCCUAACCUGCGUAACAACCCGGAGGUCGAUCGGUGCUCCGGCUGGGUCUGAACUGUGAACCGGGGGCUAGCUGGGAGGCUAGCGGAGCGUUAGCCGAGCAGGCAGCGGCGGCGGCGGGGGAGAGAGAGAGAGGGCUCGGUCCGGGCGGGCGGGCAGAGGGAGCGCAGCAUGGCCGGAGGGAACCACAGCCAGGCGGCGGAGGAGAAGGCAGUGAGCCGGAGUCAGAGUGAAGUCAACAGGAGGUUGAAGUACAUCAGCCUGGCCGUGCUGGUGGUCCAGAAUGCAUCGCUCAUCCUCAGCAUCCGAUACGUCCGCACGUUGCCGGGCGACCGCUUCUUUGCGACGUCGGCCGUUGUCAUGGCGGAGAUCCUGAAGGUGCUGACGUGUCUGCUCAUCAUCCUGCUGCAGAAGAGAUUCAGUGUGAAGGAGACGACCUUGUUCCUGAUCGACUCCAUCGUGUUUCAGUACAAAGACACUCUGAAACUCGCCGUCCCUUCGCUCAUCUACACGCUGCAGAACAACCUGCAGUACGUCGCCAUCUCCAACCUGCCGGCCGCCACCUUCCAGGUGACCUACCAGCUGAAGAUCCUCACCACAGCUCUGUUCAGUGUGUUGAUGCUGAGAAAAACGCUGUCCAGAGUUCAGUGGGUUUCUCUGCUGCUGCUGUUCGCCGGGGUCGCCAUCGUACAGGUGCAGCAGGAGGGGAACAAGGAGGCGUCGGUGUCGGACAGCUCCAAUCAGAACUACAUGGUGGGUCUGGUUGCCGUGGUGAUCAGCUGCCUGUCGUCGGGCUUCGCCGGCGUUUACUUUGAGAAGAUCCUGAAGGGGAGCUCCGCCUCCGUCUGGGUGAGGAACGUGCAGCUGGGGAUCUUCGGCACGGCGCUCGGCAUGCUGGGACUGUGGUGGAACGACGGCGCCGCCAUCGCCGAGCGCGGCUUCCUGUUCGGCUACACGGACAUGGUGUGGUGCGUCAUCUUCAACCAGGCGUUCGGCGGGCUGCUGGUCGCCGUGGUGGUGAAGUACGCCGACAACAUCCUGAAGGGCUUCGCCACCUCCUUCUCCAUCAUCGUCUCCACGGUGAUGUCCAUCUACCUGUUCGCCUUCCGCGUCGACCUGCUCUUCACGGCGGGGGCGGGGCUCGUCAUCGGCGCCGUCUACAUGUACAGCCUCCCCAAACCGGCCGGCGCCUCCUCGUCCCCGAGCUCCUCCUCGUCUUCCUCGGCAUCUUCGGCGUCGCCAAGGGCGGAUGGAGGCGCAGAGAUGGAGGCGUUUCUGCCAAAAGCUCAGGGAGGUGUCGUCCCUCCUCCCUCUGCCGUCCACAUCACAGCCUAACAGCUCAAAGCACAACAGGAGCAGGAGGAGGAGGAGGAGGAGGAGGAGGAGCUGCAGAGACCCUGACCACGUCUGUCUGUCUGUCUGUCUGUCUGUCUGUCUGUCGCCCUCUCUGCCUUAAAACUCUUUACUUUAUUCACUGAAUGAAAAGAGAAAAAAGCCUUACGCUGAUUAUAGAUUAUAGAUUAUAUAUUGGUUAUUGAUUAUCGUUGUUACUGCUGGAGGAGAAUCUGCAGUUUGAGCUGAUGUUGAACCGAUCGAUUGUUUUCACUGUGCAGCCUCCAGACUGACCUGCUGCUCUGACGUUAAACUCUGAUCGGAACGUUCGAUCGAUCGAUUCACCGUCGAUUGAUCUGAAAAGAAAAGUCCAGUUUACAGAGACAGAGGAGGAGCUCGUUAAAUCCUCUGUGACCUGCGCAGCGUUUAUUCUCCAUGUUACAGUCACAUGAUCAGAACGUGACCAAUCAGAGAAGGAUGCGUUGUGACUGACAGGAAGUGUCGUCGUCAGGAAGGUGAAGAUGUGACGUCGUCUCCUGUGAACAUGUGAACCUGUGACUGUGAUGCCUUUACUUACUGUGAGAAAGCUCCGAAAAAUCAAAUGAAAUCAGUUUUUCACCGUGUGAGAUUCACGUUCUUCACACGUUAUUAUGACGCAGCAGGAGGGACUCACCUGUCUGAUCAGGUGACCAGUGAAGGAAGUUAAAGGUGUGAAAGUGACGUCAGAAAAUCUUUCUCUAGAUGAGAGAAAAUUCAGAACAGGAAACUGGAAAUUAAACGUUUCAUCUGAACCAACGUUUAAAAUGUUGGUUUUGAUUUCUGCUGAUAUUGAUCAUAAUUGAUUAAUCAGCUGAUUGAUGGAUCAGAUUUCCCGGCGGCUGUCGGUCUGCACAGUGAAAACACCUGCCAGGUGAGACACGGCGCAGCUUCCUGUUUCCCGUCGGCCUGCUGCAGACGCUGCAGUUCGGUGCCUUUUCCUGUCAUCUGUACAGAAGCCAUACGGUGGUGUCGGUGUAACGUUAGCCGUGUACAGCAGCUUUUUCUUUAUCCUGGUUUAAGGGACAAACCAGCUCCUGUCUCACCGCGCUGCUGCUGAAAGAUCUGACCUCAGAUCAGCGGGAGACGCAGCCGGAGGUGCGACGGGAGCUGAGAGGGGAAUGUGCUCGUUGAUUGGAGCACCUUUUAAAUUAACCAAUCAUAAGAAUUAUAAUGUUUGUUCUCACCAAAACUGUCCUGCUGCGGGCGUCUUGUUGAAGAAGACGCUCUGCGGAGGCGACCUGAAUGUUUCUCUGCUCGUGUGCGUCGAUUCGAGUCGAUUGAUCUGAGUCGAUUGAUCUGAGUCGAUUGAUCUGAGUCGAUCAGGUGGAGCCUGUUUCCGUUUGAGCUGCUUCCUGGUGUUUACGCUGCUUCUUCCACUUUGGAGAAACAGUUUUUGUUUUUCGGCCUCCACGUCGCUGCAGGAGGAGGUGGGGAACUCUCUGCCCUGGAUUUUGCCUCUCAGGCUGCACACAGGCUGCCCUGCCUUUCUGGACAGACUGGCCUCUUGUGUUGAAGCCUGCAGACGUUACUCAGGGCUGAAAAUGCACCCAGAAACUCCUCAGCAUCUCCAGGUAAAAAUAAGAAUAAUUUCUGUCUCCUAGUUUCUCUCUAGUUUAAUUUACAGAUAAUCCAAACAUUACUUAUUGAGGUUAAAGGUUAACUGUUGAUGACAUUUAUCAGAAAGUAUCAGGUCUCUAUGAGGGAAAUUAUGGCUGUUUAUUAACAAGACAGUUUUAAUCAGAGUUUAUUCUGUUAGAUCAGAAACAUUCAUUUAAACUAAGAAAAUAACAUUUAUAUUUUUUUUGAGUAAAGAGAGGAACUGACCUGAGAGCACUUCUCAGUUUGUGAUCAUCUGAUUCAUCAUGAAUAUGUUUGUUUGCACUGAAGCACAUUGUAAACUGAGGUGAUUGGAGCAGCUACGUUCUGACCUGACAGCUUAUUGUCUCAGCUCAUUUAGAGGAAACUGCAGCUCUUCAUGCAUCAAAACCUCAGAUGAUGAAAACAGGGAAAACCUGAGACAUGUGAGCUGGAACCAGAGAGGAUUUAACUUUUAUACUGAUGCAGCUGGAAGCCUCUGCUGCAGGGAGGCUAAAUCUAGUUUUAAAGGAAAAUUACGAUGAUUACGAUGCAGCUGGACAUUUUCCUCUGAAUUAAAUCCCUGCUGUCAGGAGGUUUCUGUCUUUACUUCUCAUGAGACUAAAAUUAUUUCUGUUAAAUUUAUUUCUGAAAGUUGACACAAAUCUUUAUUUUGGUUUAUUGUGUGUUUUUCUAAACACAUUCAUGCUCAGACAGAUCACCACAAACUGUUUACUAAUACAUUUAAAAUGCACGAUUUCUGGAGACGUUUGCUCACAAUUAUGGAUUCAAUAUUUCUCAAUAAGUAUUUUCUCCUUAUUGUAAAAAAACAAAACUUGAGUUAGUUUUAAGAAAACAACAGAAUUUCUUCAUGAAAAUGAGAAAAUGAUUCAUAAAUAAUUGAAGAUGUUUUCAGACUUUGUGCAGUAAACUGAUCUGAGGUCAGAAAACUUCCUUUGCGUCGAUUCGGAGACAAAAAACAAAACAUUUUUCCUCCAAAGUUGCAAAAAGAAAUAAGAACAGCUCUUUGUUUCUCGUCAGAAUCAAGGAUGAUUUUUUCUCAAUUAUUUUAAUGGAACUGUGAAAGGAGAACAAAAAGAAAAACAACAUUUUGUUAUUUUCUGUUUUUGUAAAAAAAAAUUUCCACGGUUUCUGUCUGAAGCGAUAUAUUAAUAUAUGAGUUGUUUUUAUUUAAUGUGGAAAUGAAAGGAUGGUCUGUUGGUUUGUCUUGUUUUCUCAGUGGAGGUGAACGAGGAGGAAACUCAGCAGGAAACUCUCUGUCGACCAAUCAGAGCUCUUCUCUGGUCAGGUGGAGUUUAGGAUUCUUAUCAAUCACUUAUCAAUACGGAAGCUGAGAGUGGUCAUGGCAGGAAUCAUUAUUUAUUUUUAAACAAACAUAUAAAUAUCACAUUUUCACAGAAGAAGUUGUGAACAUGAGAUUUUAUCGCAGAUAUUUUUCUUGUCUCAAGUUAAUGAAAAAUUAACAAGAAUACAGCAAUUGCGCACAAAAAGGAAAGAAAACUCCUCAUAUCUCGAGAUAACAUGACGACAACAUGCUUGAACAACAUAAAGAAAAUAGGAAAUUAUCUCGAGAUGAAGGAAAUUAUCUUGUUAUCUCCAGAAAAUGUUUAUCUUGUUUCAACUAGAAAAGGUUUUUGUUGGGUCGUAAAUUUCUCUAAGACUUAGAAAAUAAAUAUAAAUAUAAAUAAUAAAGAGUAAAAAGGUGUUUUCUGGAGAUAAUUUAUCUCAUAAUCUUGAAAUGAAUGUGGUCAUUUUUAAAUAAAAAAUUAAGAAACUAAAAAUUUCAGGUUUAAAGUUUGCACCAAAUUGUAGAAAUUCUGAAUUUUCCUUCAGCCUCAAACACCAGUUUAAGUUUCUGUCAUAUUUGAGCUGAGAGUGUGGAGCUCCCCCUGCUGGCUGUUUAAAAACAUCCUGUGAGAUUCACUGCAGAGAUUCAUGAGACUGUCGGAGGAGUUUCAGUCUCAGGAUGCAGCAGGAGGAGGAUUCAUUUCCCUUCAGGAAUCUCUCAGGAUGGUUUUUAAACUUCCUCCUCUUCUGUCUGGAGGUUUGUUUGGAUGAAACCUGUCAGAGGAAUCGACACGUUUCAUCACCAGUCUGUUAGUUUGCACUUUGAUUGUUGAUUUGUACCAAUGCCUCUGAAUUUGUACAUACUUCUUUUGGUAAAAGUUUUAUAUAAACAAGGACAUGGACUCAAAAA